AAUAGGCGAAAGAGCACUUGGAGCCUCGCAGUCACUCUUCCAGACGGCCACAUCCACCGCUCUCCUCUCCCCUUCUCCUCACCUCCAGCUCCAGCUCCACCUCCACUCAUCUGCUGCAUCCCUUCAUUCAUCUGGAACCCUGAGCAAAAUCUGUCCUUCAUCCUCCCCUAACCAGCCCUUAUCACCAUGGUCACCACAAGGAUCAUCCUCUCCACUGCCGAGGCGCUUUUCCAUCUGAUUGUCAUGCUGCUGACACUGGGCCGAGGCGUUCACUCCAUGCCCGUUACUACCGACGUCCCCAUGUGCACGGCCUCAGACACGGCACAGUACAGCCUCACGUUUACUGGCAAGUGGACCAUGGCGGCCUUCCCAAAGCAGUAUCCAGUGUACCGUCCCCCUGCACAGUGGUCAAACCUUAUCGGGUUGACCCACAGCUCUGACUACCACAUGUGGCAGCGUAAUGACUUUGCCAGCAACGGAGUGAGGGAGUUUGCGGAGAAAGGCGAGGCCUGGACGCUCAUGAAGGAAGUCGAGGCGGCCGGCAAACGCAUCCAAAGUGUUUAUGGGAUCCUGUCGGCUCCCGCUGUUGCGGGAGGAACGGGCCAGAUGAGCACUGAGUUUGAGGUCUUCGCCAGGCACUCCUAUCUGUCGUUUAUCGCACGCAUCGUUCCGAGCCCAGACUGGUUUGUGGGUGUGGACAGUGUGGACCUGUGCGACGGCGACCACUGGAAAGAGAAUGCGUCGAUGGAGCUCUUCCCAUACGACGCGGGAACCGACAGCGGUUUCACCUUCUCUUCUCCAAACUUUGAAACUAUCCCACAGGACAAAAUCACACAGAUCACCUCAUCCUCCCCCAGUCACCCUGCCAACUCCUUUUACUACCCCCGCCUGAAGCACCUCCCACCCAUUGCCAAGGUAACGCUGACCAAGGUUAACAAGACAAAUCAGAUCAUCAGCCUGCCCCUGCAGCCCACCCAGUCCAACCAACUACCAACAGGGAACGAUAUUGAAGACACACUCAUAAAUACCCCUCUGGACUGUGAGAUGUCAGUGUGGUCUCCCUGGGGCUUGUGCAAAGGCAAGUGUGGAGACUCGGGCGUGCAGCACCGCACGCGCUACAUCCUCAUGCAUCCUGCCAACAAUGGAUCACCCUGCCCCCUGCUGGAGGAAGAGAGGAAGUGCGUCCAGGACAACUGCUUAUGACUAGGCCAGGAGAGGAGGGAGAAGAAACAGAAGAAGGAGAGGAAAGAAAAGAAAGAUAGGAAAUGCAGGAAGGGGAGGAAGGGAAGAAGACGGAGAAACAACAGUAAAACAUCUGCGGUGUAUUCACCUGAGUCCUAAAUAUGAUGAACUAGAGUCCCCCACUUUCCUCCCUGACCAUGCCCUUUCUGUGGAAAUGACUCAGAAACGAGAGAUUGACUGUCAAACUGGUAAUUUGAUAGAGUUCGACUACAAAAAAGUCUCAUCCUCAUGUCACAUUGACAGAUCUGACAGCACUACAGAGUUGUAGCUGAACAAAUCCGCUAUUAGAUAAAAUUCAGUUUUUGCAGAUUAUAAUAUAACUAUUGUCUGAGGAAAGAAGGAUUCUGUUUUAAACACAGCCAUUGACUAAAAACACAUUUUCACAUCAUAAUUGGAUUUAAUUUGACAUGUCAUAAGAUCUGAGACAAUAGUUUGCCUCCAAGCAUCUUCAGUGGAAAAACGGAUUUGGCAAAAAAAUCCCUAUAAAACAACACACACUCUAAAAUCCAAAAAAUAACAUCAGCUCUUACACGGGGGAAAACUCGAUGCCUUAAUAGUUCCAUUAGCUGAAGUAGUACCAGAAGAAAAGUGAGUCAGACAAAGACAUUAAUGUACGGAAAAAAGAGAAGCAUAAUGUUUACAGAGACGUUGUGGUUAUUUUCCUGAAGAAAAAGAAUAUAUUUAUUGACAGGAUUUUAACCUGUAGUGUACAGUAUAUCUGAUCUGGUAGUAAGAAUUUGUAUUCCCGUGUGUUAGUUCAAUUUAGAAAAUUGAAGAGAGUUUUUGGUAUAAACAUUUUUUUUAAAUGUACAAAAAAAUGUAUGUCUUCUGUAUGUUCAAUAAAGUGUAAAUAUAUCUGGA